ACCCUGCUGUGUGUGUGUGUGUGUGUGUGUGUGUGUGUGUGUGUGUGUGUGUGUGUGUGGAAUUCGGACGUCUUCCUGAUUCUUUAUAAUGUUUGAACUGAAUACUUUGUUAUGAGCUUGGCCUUCGUACCUGGAUUAAAUCCUGGCCCUUUUGUCUCCCACAUCAGUCGAGUUAAUAAACAUCACGUCCUGCGCUUUGGGUCCAGCUUCAAGCGUGCGUUCUGUGUGUUUUUUUUAACACACCCAGCUUAACCUGAUGAUGAACCACUUCUGACCAAAACCGAAUCCUGACUUCUGGCACCGCUGUUUGUUUCAUUUCUUCCCGGCUCACCGCAGUACAGGACAUUUCCAGGUCCAUCUCUCAGGAGCGUUUCUUUCCAGAAAUGAUUCUUGGACCUCGUGGACGUUAUUCAGCCGUUAAAGUGAAAUGUCCUUUAGACAUCCGAGCUGAGGAAUUCCACAUCCUGAUAACCACAGAGAAACUCUGACACUGGAGACUCCUUCCGUAAAUGUUAAACAAAAGUCUCUUUGCUCUUUAGAAAAGUUCAUUUAUGGGGAGUGUGAGCUGUACGAGUCCCUGUGAACGAGCUGUUGCUAUAGAAACGAUAAGGCACUAGAACGAGCGCAUUAAUAUAAACCUGCGCUGCUGUUCUGGAGAAUUAACACACAAACAGUAGAGUUAUGAGAGUUUUGGGGAUCGUCCUGGAUGGAAAAUGUUUUAAAUGUUUUAGGUUAGUAUUUUGGACCUGAAUAUUUUAUUAAGGUUCAGUGAUAUGACAGCUGGAGGGUUGGAUUACUGUUAGACUGCUGUAGUGUGUGUGUGUGUGUGUGUGUGUGUGUGUGUGUGUGUGUUUGCCCUGGUCUCCUUCUGUUUCUGUUUUGUCUGGGUGGAAUGUUUGAUUCCUUUCUUAUUAUGUGACUUUCCAGUCAUUAUGGCUUUCCUCUAUUUUUUUUAUUCCUUUUUCACCUUUCUCUCUCUCUCGUUCUCUCUCUCUCUCGCUGUCUCUCUCUCUUUCUCUCUCUCUCUCUGUCUUUCUCUCUCUCUGUCUUUCUUUCUCUCUCUGUCUUUCUUUCUCUCUCUGUCUUUCUCUCACUUUCUCGCUCUCUCUCUAUUUCUCUCUCUCUCUGUGUCUUUCUUUCUCUCUGUCUUUCUCUCAAUUUCUCUCUCUCUCUCUCAGUUCUCGAUGGUGGUUUGGAACUAAACCGUUGUAAAAAAAAAGCGCCACGUUUCUCUCGAGCUCGACUGAACUUGGACGAGGCACUUAUCCAAAAGGUCACGUUAAUGACAGCUCAUCAAACGAAGCGUUUAGGAGCGUGCCGGCUGUUCCUGGAUCCGUUAAAGCUUUUUUUUUUUUUUUUUUUUUGGAUAACAAUCUGCCCACAGAUCAGCAAUCCUGAUUCCGUCGUGUGAAUGAAAGGCCAUAUGUGCAGUCUGGAGAAGUGUUUAAAGGAAAUUUAAAGAUCCAGGAAAGAGCGGAGACGAUGAUGAACCUCAGGGUCUCGGCUAUGUCUCACUUCACUGAAGCUGCAGACGAGUCACUCGUUCGAGUUCUACACGCUGUCGGAGAAGCAGAUGGACUACAGGAUCCUGUACGUGGACGAGGAUCAGGACCGAAUGUAUGUGGGCUGUAAAGAUCAUCUUCUCUCCAUGGACAUCAACAACAUCACUCAGGGAACACUGAAGAUUCACUGGCCUGCGUCCAGCGCCAAGAUCGAAGAGUGUCAGCUGGCUGGAAAAGAUCCAACUCAUGGUUGUGGAAACUUCCUGCGAGUGAUUCAGCCCUAUAACAGAACUCAUCUGUUUAUCUGCGGCAGUGGAGCCUACAGCCCGGUGUGUGCGUAUGUCAACCGCGGCCGACGCCCCGAGGAGAAAGUGUUUCACGUCUCCUCGAAGUCAGAGUCGGGAAAAGGACGCUGCUCCUUCAACCCACAAGUCAACACCGUCUCCAUCAUGCUCAAUCAAGAGCUUUUCUCCGGCAUGUACAUCGACUUCAUGGGGACAGACGCGGCCAUCUUUAGAAGUCUGACCAAUCGGAACGCAGUGAGGACGGACCAACACAACUCCAAAUGGCUCAGCGAGCCCGUGUUUAUCGACGCACAUCUGAUCCCCGACGGAUCCGAUACAAACGACGCCAAACUUUAUUUCUUCUUCCGUGAGAGACUAACGGACAACAGCGGCAACACCAAGAACAUCCACACCAUGGUGGCACGAGUCUGUCCCAAUGAUGUAGGUGGUCAGCGCAGUUUAGUGAACAAGUGGACGACGUUUCUGAAGGCCCGUAUGGUGUGUUCGGUUGUGGAGGAGGACGGCACUGAAACACACUUCGACGAGCUCGAGAGUGUGUUUCUGCUCGAGACUGACAAUCCCAAAGGACUGCUUUUAUAUGGACUGUUCACUUCCACCAGCUCAGUGUUUAAAGGAUCGGCGGUGUGUGUGUACAACAUGGCCGAUGUGCUGACGGUGUUUAACGGGCCGUUUGCUCACAGAGACGGACCUAAUUUCCAGUGGACACCAUUUCAGGGACGAAUGCCAUAUCCACGCCCCGGAACUUGUCCCGGAGGUGCGUUCACGCCCCAUGUUCGGAGCACUAAAGAGUUUUCUGAUGACGUGGUGACGUUCAUGAGGAAUCACCCACUGAUGUUUAACUCGGUUUACCCGCUGGCGCGGAGACCGCUGCUGCUGCGCACACACGCUGACUACAGAUACACCGCCAUUGCCGUCGACCAGGUGCACGCUGCUGACGGCCUCUACCACGUCCUGUUCCUCGGCACAGACAGAGGCACGGUGCAGAAGGUGGUGGUCUUACCCACUAAUCGCUCUCUGGAUGAGGAUCUGAUCCUGGAGGAGCUGGAAGUGUUUAAGAAACCAGCAACAAUAACCAACCUGAGGAUCUCCUCUAAGAAGCAACAGCUGUACGUGAGUUCGGAGUAUGGCGUAUCCCAGGUGUCCCUGCACCGUUGCCAUGCCUACGGCUCAGCGUGUGCAGACUGCUGUUUGGCCCGGGACCCGUACUGCGCCUGGGACGGGCGGAGCUGCUCUCCAUUCUACCCUACAGGAAAGAGGAGGAGCAGAAGGCAGGACAUCAUGCACGGAAAUCCACUCACGCAGUGUCGAGGCUUCAAUCUGAAAGCCUACAGGAACGCAGUGGAGAUGUCUCAGUAUGGAGUAAAGAAUAACACCACGUUUCUCGAAUGUUCUCCCAAAUCACCACAAGCCUCCGUGCAGUGGCUCAUCCAGAGAGAGAACGACCGCAGGAAAGAGGUGAAGAUGAGCGAGCGUGUCGUAGCGACGGAGUACGGCCUCCUGAUCCGCUCGGUGCAGUUCUCUGAUCAGGGCAUGUAUCACUGCAUAGCCACGGAGAACGGCUUCAAGCGGACGCUCGCCAAGAUCCGGCUUCACGUGCUGAGCGAGGCGCUACUGAGCGCGCUCAGCGACAAGCGCUCGUCGCCAUGGAAACCCAGAGCGCUGGCGUCGGCCCUGGGCCCGGCUGAGACGCUCGCCAUGCAGCAGUACUGCAAAGAACGACAGCAGCUGCAGAGCUUCCGGGUAAAUCCACGAGGAGACCUGGGGAAACUCAAACCACUGCUGCAGAACCGCAAGAGCCGGAACCGACGGAACCACCCACACACCGAGUAGAACGCGACAAGAAACAAGGAGGACUAACAGGAGGUCCUGGGGGUGGGAACAAGGGCGGAGCUUAGGUUGAAUUUAUCAGCCAAUCACAAAUGUCACUACAGAUCGUUUUUUUUUUCUACAUUUCAUAUUUAUAAUAAUUUAGCAACAUUAGCUGAGCUAGACAGGUAGCUAAGUCUGAUGCUAAGUCGCUAGCUUAACGUAGCAUAAAAAAAUACUGGUUUUAAUUACACCGUAUAAUAGUUUAGCAAUAUUAGCUAAGCUACCCAGCUAUCUAAACACAACAUGCAUUAAUGUUACGCAGAUAGCUAGCUAAAUAGUAGCACCAUCAUUUGCAUACUAGAACCUGGUUGGCUCUUAUAAUUUGUGAUGAAGUAACACUCUUAUUUGCAUAUUCAACCUGAUUGGCUCUUAUAUAUCUGCUACGUCUUUGUUAACUCUUGUUUAUGUUAGCUUAAAGUCUAUUGUGCAAAUAAAAUAAUUUGUCAAGUUUUCCAUUAAGUAAACAAUUAUAGGCUGAUUUAUUGGCUGAUCAAAACCACUAGCUAAUAAACUAGCUAAAGUUCGCGAGAUGACGUUAGAUUAUUUAAAUGUAUUUAUUAUUUAAAUUAUUUUAAAGCUAACUAAAUCCAACAGCCAAGUUUGCUAGCAAUAAACAUCGGUAGGGAUAAUUUGUCAGCUAGAUAGUAUUUUAUUCUGCUAUUCGAAACUGGAGUCAAACUUGCUAGCAUGGUAGUUAAUCAAGUUUGCUGGGACAAUAGCUAAUCAUUGAUUGUGUAGUUAAUACGAUUAGCCAUGUUCAUUAGCAAGAUAGCUAGCUUAGAUUUAACUGUCAUAUUGUGUAAUUAAAACCUUGCUAGUCGGCUAGUUAACAUUAUGCUAGCUAUAAUUAUGUUAUUAAAAUCAGUAGCUAGGUUUGCUAGCAAAACAGCUAAACUAUAUUGUUCUGUAAACCAGUAGCUAAGUCUACUAGCCAAGCUAGCUAACGCGAAGUAACCUCGACGACAUCGCAUGACGAACUUAGCGAUUGGACGAUCAGGUUGAACUUGAGCUUCGUCCUUGUUGAGAUCUUCAGGACGUGAAAACGGAGGACUGACGGGAAACGUGUUUUCCAAAUGAAGCAGAAAGAAGGGGAGACGGACAGACAGAUGGAGGAGAGGAACGCAGAAGACGAGCAGAAACGUUUAGAGGAGAUUUAUGACGUGUGGAGGAACGAAAAGAAGGAAAAAAGGAGAACUUUCAAAUUCUCUAAUACAGACCUGAUGUCUUUAUUUACAGCUUCAGUACAGGAGCUUUUAACCUGCAUGAUGUUACGCUGACCAGAUGACUGUGAUACACACACACACACACACACACACACACACACACUCACACACACACAUAUACAUACACACAUACACACACGCAUACAUACACACACAUAUACAUACACACACACAUAUACACACCCCCUAAAGAGCCGUGAUGAACUACAGCAUGUCUUAAUUUAUUUUAUUUUUGAAAAGUUUUUGUAGUAAUUAUGCAGGACAGUAAUUGUUAGCUACAAUUGGUAUAAACUGUGUUCAAACCGUUUACAAAAAAACAAAAUGAAAAAAAAAUUGCGGCGAGCGAACACGGUGUGAAAACAAAA